UAGUGCUUUAACCGAAAGACUCUUGGACAAAGAAACGCUAUGUCGAAAAUGUGAAGAAUGGUUGAGGAAAGUUGGUGAAUUUCGGAUGAUAGCAUAUAAAGAAAAAGAAAUAGAACCUACCGAAGGAACAGUUGAAAUAAUUGCUGAAGAUA